AUGCGAUUUCCUUGUGUGUUCUCUUGUCUCUCCUCUCGUUUCCAUCCUCUCCCCUCUCCCCUCUCCCCUCUUCCAACUCCCCUCUCCCCUCUUCCAUCUCCCCUCUCCCCUCUUCCCCCUCCUCUCUACCUUCUCUCCUCUUCCCCCUCCUCUCUCCCCUCUUCCCUCUCCCCUCUCACCGCCAUCCGGGCAUUUCCUCAUCUCCUACCUGAUGGGCACCCCCUCACGCGCCUUCACUCCCUCACGUUCCAACUAUCCCGCCUCCCACCUCCUUCUCUCUAUCCCACCUCCCAACUCCAUGAGGCAGGGCAUUUCCUCAUCUCCUAUCUGAUGUUCAUCCCUCCACGCAGCUUUACUCUAUCACCUUCCCACCUCCCACCUCCUUCACUCUCUUAUCCCUCCUUGCACCCCCCUCCCACCCCACAGCACGAGGCAGGGCAUUUCCUCAUCUCCUACCUGAUGGGCACCCCCCCACGCGCCUUCACUCCCUCACGUUCCAACUAUCCCGCCUCCAACCUCCUUCUCUCUAUCCCACCUCCCAACUCGUUCUCUCUAUCCCAUCUCCCACCUCCUUCACUCUCUUAUCCCACCUCGCACCCCCCGCCCACCCCACAGCACGAGGCAUGGCAUUUCCUCAUCUCCCAUCUGGUGGGCAUCCCUCCACGUGCCUUCACUUUCUCCAGCCUGGUCGCCUAUCAGCACUACGAGAAGGUUCCAGCGAUCUGA